AUGGGUCUCCACAUGUGUGCAAUGUUUUGCACGCUAGUUGUGGAGCUCACUCACAGUACUUGCUCUCUGCAAGCACAGCUCAAUCAUUUUGCAUCAGAGCAGUGGGUGGAAACUCUGAGGUUUUUUGUGUCAAGCCAAAGGCUUUUCAGUGCAGUGGGUGCAGGUGCUGUGUGGGGUGCAGCACAGGAAGACGGGCAUUCUCUGAUGCAGCAUCUGAGCUUAUCCCACCAGGAGAGAGUAGCAUCCAGAAACAAGCCCCUCUAAUUUAAAAGUCUUCCUGCCAUGCAACAGGACCAGCAAUGCAUGUAUCCUCAGGUUUUCUGGACAAGCAGCAGUGCAGUUUCUAGUUCGGAUUAUGCCCCAUCGGGACUGUUCCUCAAUGGGAUUCUGCCUCGCCAGGACAUUUUCCCUUCGGCCUCUGUGCCAGAGAAGAAAAGGCAUAGGCAGAACACCAGAGAUGGUACAUGCCUCUGUCUUCUGGUAAUGUUUCUAAUGACUCUUCUGGCCCUCAGUGGAGUUGGGUUGGCAAUAUUUCAAAUCUCCCACCUGCAACAGGAACUAAAAACACUGAAAGAGCUUCCCAUCUCUGGAGAGGUGCUUCAGUCUUCCAAAAGAGUAAAAGUUUUGAAUGGAACAGCAGACCUGAAAUUCAAGAGCAGAGCACACUUAACAGGCAAAGCUAACCAGGAUUCCCUUCCACUGGAGUGGGAAAUAACCUAUGGGCAUGCAUUUAUCUCUGGAGUCCGCUAUGAAAACAGAGGGCUAAUGAUAGCUGAAGCUGGUGUUUACUUUGUGUACUCCAAAGUGUUCUUCCGGGGCCAAGCCUGCACCACCAAGCCUCUUUACCAUGUCGUGUUUAAGAGAAACCCAUCUUAUCCUGGCACACAGCUGUUGAUGGAAGACAGAAAGAUGAGCUACUGUUUAGCAACACGCAUGUGGGGCAAAAGUAGCUACCUAGGUGCCCUGUUCAACCUCUCCCGGCAGGACAGCUUGCAUGUUAAUGUCUCUGAUGUUCUGCUGGUCAAUUCUGAAGAAUCAAAAACUUUCUUUGGCUUAUAUAUGAUUUAGAAAAACAAAUAUUUAUCAAUGUGAGAAACGUGAAGGACAUGAGUACUAUGCAAGACAGCUGACCUUGGAAAGUUAUACAUCACAUGUGUUACUUCUGUGGCAGCCAUCCGUUUAUAAUUUACUGAGAUAAUAAAAGCAGGUUCCCAAAGAUUUUACAAUGAAUACCCGUACUGCCUUUGCUGAUAACACCACGCCCAACUACAGAAAACCUUAACUUUUGUGAAGGAGCAUCAAUAGCAAUUAAGCUGAAAACAUACCAAUUAAAAAAGGGAAUUUCAAAAAGCUUUUAAAGGAAAGUGGUUCAACAGCAAGUCUCCCUGGAAUGGAGUUUUUAAGUCAUUACUUAAUUACACAUGCAAGUUCAAUAGAUCUAGGAAUAGGGAUAGAUAAUACUGUGCAUU